CCCCAACGCGCCAGUGAGUGCAGUGGAAAGUUCAAGUGUCGUGGGUGCUAAAUCGCCGAGAAUGGAGCAGGCAUGACGCACCCAAAUUUUCAAACCAACGGGGCCAGUUUAGAGGAUUGCCACACUAACUUCUUCGCUCUGACGGAACUUUCGGGCAUCAAAUGGCGUAAGCUGGUGUAUUGCGAGUUGGGGGGUGGCGGUGCCGCCUCCGGCCAUUGCAGCGGCGGCGGAGGAGGCGGCGAACCCCUUGAAGAUCCGGUGUUACGCAGCUACGCCCGUUGUCUCGCCGCCGAUAUACUUUGCGUGUGGCGGCGGGUUUCAACGCCACGUUCGACCGAUAUGUUCGAACCGGGACCACCACCGCCGCCACCACUUAGUCUUUCGACAUCGAAAGAACUAUGGAUUUUCUGGUAUGGAGAGGAACCCGAUCUGGGGGUUCUUAUCGCACCGGAACUUAACACUCCUGAUUCGGAGCAGGGUUCGUGGGAGAGCGGCCUGUCCUACGAGUGUCGAUCUCUCCUCUUCAAAGCCUUGCACAACCUGAUCGAGCGUUGUCUCCUCUCUCGCGAUUUUAUCAGGUUGGGAAAAUGGUUCGUUCAGCCGUACGAAGGUCCAAAGAAGAACGACUUCACCAUGACUCAUUUAUCGUUCUCUUUGGCGUUUUUCGUGCACGGCGAGAGUUCCGUAUGUGCAAGCGUCGACGUACGCCAACAUCCACCAGUUCGAAGACUCACCAGAUUGCAUUUGCAACAAGCUCAAUCCUCAACUUCUGGUCUCAAAGUGAUUUUGGCUCCGUAUGGACUUGCGGGGACUUUAACCGGUCAAAGUUUCAAGUCUUCGGACCAAACCUCACGUUUGCUGGAAGAUUGGAGCCACUUUUAUCCAUUGGAUAAGAGUAGCAGUUUGACGGAUAGCAGUGUGGUGGAAGUCAUUGUCGGAGGUGUUAAAAUGAAGUAUCCGUCGUGCUAUGUUCUUGUCACCGAUCUGGACGAUAACGUCAAUUCGGCAAUGAAUUGUACGGGGGUUAAUCCGCCUAAUGGGCUCGUCAAGAACGGAACGAGUUCACCGAUACUGACCCAAACACCACCCCCAUCUCCGAUCCAAAUCAACAGUAGGGUGCCCCAACCAGGGCCGUAUUCGGUCUCGGUGGAACACCUCUUAUCCAUGUCACGCGACGAAACUGCCGCCACUGUUCUGCCCGAAAGGGCAUGGCAGGAGUGCAUCCAUGGGGGGCCCCCAGGCUGCACCCCCCAACCAACUUCCAAUACACCGCACGAAUUCACCGGCCAAUGGGAUUUCGUCGAUCCAAUCAAACGCGCCAAUUGUACCUGUUCUAAGUGUAGAAAGUACGUGGGCAGCAUGACCAGCAAUAAAUGGAGCACCGGGGCCACCACCAAGACAACCAACUCGCCCCGGCCUUCGAAGGCAGUACGGGGACGUGUACCUUUCCACAGGCGCUCCCCCGUACCUGCAGACUCCGACAGAUGCUCUGGCUCCUACACGCCUCAAGGGGGCCCACCGUCGUACCCUCGCACGCAGGAAUCGGUGGCCAUCCCAUCGGUGGGGAGCCCCCCAUCGGUGGCCCCCUCGCCACUACCCAACCCCCACUCGCAACCGGCUUCGGUGCCGCCUGGAGACCAAACCAUGCCGAUGUUGUCGCCCCAUCCGCCCACGUUGCUUCCGUCACCAGUUGAAAAGACACACACCCCCGACCAUCCCCCCAAAAGCGUUGAAAGUACGGCAAACAGCCCCAGUUGUCCGACUGAUGCAAAAAACGAACAAGUGACGAACGUAACGAGUGUUCCCGUGUUAAAAAGACCGGUUUUGAGUGUGAAAGAAUACGAAAGUUCGUUAGGGGAUGAGGAACAGACUUUGGAAAUGCUUUAUGAUUAUUCGACGUUAGAAGCUUGGUUGAAUCAUCCGGUUAAGCGGUUUAAGCCGGACGGUAAGGAAAACAAGAGGAAUAGACUCGGGAAAAAUGAUAUUUACUCAAUGUACAACCACAAUGGUGUCACUGUAAAUAACAACGACGUAACGAACAAUUUCAAUACCAAAAAUCAAUUUAUUAAGCAGGAAAUUAAGCAAGAAAUGACUGAAAGUGAAUCAACGACGCCGCUCGGGCCGAUGCAAGGUCAUGGGGUUAAGAGGCCUGGAGAUCCGUACGAGUUCGAUGAAGAGGGCGCCGGUUCAGCCUGCAUUGAUGGGUUCAAACGCGGGCAAACGGUGGUCAAAGAGGAACCCAAAGAUUCGAAAAAAAUCAGUACUGGAAAUUUGUUUACAAGCGAAGGCUUGCAACCGAGCUACAAAGAUCUCGAACAGAUUUUUGAUAACAAUUCUGACGAUACGAGUAGCGAUGAAGCUAUUCAGGUUCAAACGCCGCCAGGUUCGACGACUUUGAACCAUCACGAGGAUAAUAAAAGACUUUCGGGACAUGGAGGGUGUCCCACAAUGGGGUGUUUAAGGCCCGAAGAAUUGAGUAAAAUGUUUCCAACACCUCCAAGUCUCGAACAUAAUCCGAUCGCGUCGCCUUGCGGACAAAUGGAUUUAGCACUGCCAGAUUAUACGGAUUUAGGGAUAGUCAGGACCAAACAGGAGAUUUAUCCCAAUAUGGGGAGUCCCCCGGAGGAACACAUAGACGACUGGACGUACGUUUUCAAGCCGCCCGUCUUGUGUAAAAUGGUGGGUUCUAGCAAAUACGCCCCUUUGACGAACCUGCCCAGUCAAAGCCUUCCCGUGGUGACCCUCCCAUCGUACUGCGUCUACAAACCAUCAUGGAUACAACACGCCGAAAAACCCCUCCAACAGCUCCCACCACCGUCCACCACCCAGCCUUCAAUCCCCAACAACCUCCACCAAAACUCCUUCCCUCCCAGUCCCCUACAUGGCGGCUUCCGGCAACCACCACCUCCCUACGAGCUCCCAAGUCCGGCAACGUCAACCGCCAGUUCCUACCUUAACAAAAACCUGAAUUCGGUCGAAGCUGUUCCCACACCGUCAGUGCAAAGGACACCCGAAGCGAAUUCGCUCGCUCUAAACAUCCUCCUAACCGACACCGCAUCGAAUAUUUUCCGUGAUCAUAACUUCGAUAGUUGUACGUUGUGUGUGUGCAAUGCUGGCGGCCGUGUCGUCGGUAACAUUCGUGGCGCCGACGCCGGUGUUUAUUUGAUAAGUUCGUCCUGUGAUAAAACGCAAAGUAGUGUUCAACAACCGAGCAGUCCAUUCCCCGGGGCCUGUUUGGGACAACCGCCUCCUUACGGCAUGCUCUCGCCGCCCCACCACCACCAGCAGCAACUGCUCGUCGACGAGGACGGCAUUCGGUGCAGUUGCGGCUUCUCGGCCGUCGUCAACCGCCGGCUGGCCCACGGAAGUGGUCUCUUCUACGAAGACGAGAUGGAAAUCACCGGCAUUGCCGAAGACCCCGGCGAGAAGAAAAAACCCUCGUUGUUGUCGUUCCUCAUCGCGAGCAAUUCGAUUAAACUCGACCCGAGCAUCGACCGGGACCAGGUCGAUGUUUUACCGCACGGUCUCCUGGAAUUGAUCCGGGAACAGUGCGUUGUGAUCCCGAAUACGGCGAACGCCCUCUGUCGGGCAGCCAAAUACGUCUGCACCAAGCAAACUUUCAACAAUAUUCACGUCCUCGAAUACUCCGAUAGUAACGAAGUUACGACAAUAGCCCUGGAACAAAGUAAAAGUAGCUACGACUUGGCCGUCUGUAAGGUCGAGGAUAAGGCGAAGCCGGCCGUUGGUUACGCCGUCCACCGGUGGCCGUUCCUGCGGGCCAACGGCCCGCAGUGCAACCAGGACAUCGUCCGGGUCAUGCGCUCCCUGCAACCGCUCCUCCAGGAAGCCAUCCAGAAGAAAUGCCAGACGCGCCUCUGGGAGGCCCCCAGUGCGGUCAAAGGCCCGCUCACCUGGCGCCAGUUUCACCGGCUUGCCGGGAGAGGCACCGACGACCGCUGCGAGCCCCAGCCCAUACCGUCCGUGGUCGUCGGCCACGAGAAGGACUGGCUGUCGGUGUCGCCUUAUGCCAUCCAGCACUGGGAAAGCUUGCUGCUUGAGCCGUAUUCGUUCGCCCGUGAUGUGGCGUACAUUGUGGUGGCGCCCGAUAACGAUGCGAUACUUCCACGUGUUCGGACCUUUUUCAAGGAGCUGUCCACGGCGUAUGAGAUGUGCAAGUUGGGGCGGCAUAGUCCCAUCACCAAAGUGCUGCGCGAUGGGAUUUUAAGGGUGGGGAAGACGGCCAAAGCUAAAUUAGGGAAUGAACCUGUCGAGGAGUGGUUUACGCUGCUGGGGGAAGGGGAAAUUACGGAUAUGUUGAAGUUGUACGCGCAGGUGUGUAAGCAUCAUCUAGCGCCACAUUUGCAACAAGUGCCGAUGGAUAAGACGUUGCUUGAUCCGCCACAAGAGAGUGGGGAUAAGCCGGCACCGAGUCCCAUGCCACCGCCGAGCACGCCCGAUGGGGGACAGGCGGCGGAGAAGGCGCCCAGUACGCCGAAGAGUGACCAAGAUGGAGACGGCAUGAAAGAAUCCACACCUCAGGCAAACACAAACGCCGAAAAUUCGUACGAUGACGACGAACGCGAGGUUCCCUCCGUUGUAGUUUACCUCGUUGAGCCUUUCUCACUAGGUUCCGACCAACCGGAACUCCAAAGACUAGCCUGUCUGGCACUCCUUCGUUGUUUUCAGUCGGUUCUUGCCGCCGUACCCGAAAACAUCCGAAACAACAUCAGUGUCCAGAUCAUUUCUUUGGAAAGUAUCGUCGAAUUGGGCCGUGCCAGAGAUUGGACGCGUCUCAGCGACCACAUGCGCGCCCUCUCCUUGAACAUUUUCAGCCAAUGUCGGCGCCUUUUAGUCCACACGAACAACGUCAAGUCGUUGACUGGCUUUGGAACGGCUGCUAUGGCCGAUCUGUUUUUAAAGAGCAAAGAUGACAAAAAUCGCGCUGCCUACAAACUAUACACUCCGCCGUACAUUCUCGCCCCAAUGCACGAAAAAAUCGAAGCGGUGGAGUCGUUCGGCAAAGGCAGCGGAGACCAAGCCUCCGUCCUCUAUCUCAGUUACUGUCUCUCGGAAGAUCAAAGCUGGCUACUGGCCGUUGCCACCGACGAACGUGGCGAAAUUUUCGAAACUGUCACAAUCAACAUAGACAUACCGAAUCGUAGCAGGCGGAAAAAAGCGUCAGCACGUCGUAUUGGCCUUGAGAAAUUGAUGAACUUUAUCUUGGGUGUGAUGUCACAAAGUGUGCGUCCAUGGCGAUUGGUUGUUGGUCGCUUGGGACGGAUCGGUCAUGGGGAAUUGAAAGGUUGGAGUUGGUUGUUGAGUCGAAAAAAUCUUCUAAAUGCGUCGAAAAAUCUCAAAGAGAUUUGUAAUCAGUGCUCGUUGAUGUAUCCGACUUCGGUUCCGUGUAUUUUGAGUGCUUGUUUAGUGAGUCUUGAGCCGGAUUCGGUGUUGAGACUUAUGCCAGAUCAGUUCACACCAGAUGAAAGGUUUAGUCAAGUCAGUGUUAAUUCGCAAUUGUCGACACCGCAAGAUGUGAGCUGUACGCAUAUUUUGGUCUUUCCGACCAGUGCCACCACGCAGUCGUCGCAAACCACGUUUCAGGAACAGCACAUCACGCCUGAGCUCGGCGACGACGAGCUCUUCAGCGCCUUCACCGCCGAAGACAUGCCCGAAGGCAUCGACAGCAUGAACGACUUCAGCGACAUCUUCAACUGGACGGACACGGGUCCUGGAGGCGGCCAAAGUCCCACGGGAAGUCCAAGACGUGAAGAAUCAGGUCCUGGAAGUCCCAACUGUGGGGUGAACAACGGCCGACCAGGCAGUCCGUUCCACUGCGGUGCCACAAACUCCAAAGGAAACGAACAAGUCGAAGAAGUCGGCACGUUAUUACAGCAACCUCUAGCCUUAGGCUACUACGUCUCGACGGCACCCACCGGCCGCAUGCCGAAGUGGUUCUGGGCGUCGUGCCCACACCUCGAAGGGAUUUGUCCGGCGUUUCUGAAAAACGCCUUGCAUUUGCACAGUCCGAGCAUACAGCAGAGUUCCGACGACUUGUUCCAGCAGGCGGCCGUCACGUCGCAUCCGCUGGACUCGCAGUACACCACCGAUGUUUUAAGAUACGUACUUGAAGGCUACAACGCUCUGUCUUGGCUAGCGCUGGAUUCGAACACGAAGGACCGAUUGUCUUGUUUGCCUGUGCACAUGCAGGUCUUACUGCAGUUAUAUCACACUACAGCAGCGCUUUUGUAAACCACUGAACUAGUUGGGGCUUUAAUUUAUUUCGAUUGGGCGAGUUGUUGACUCUGAAUAUCGGCUUUUGUUGUUAAGUUUUACUAGUGGUCGUGACGCGGCAGAGAACGAAUUGAAUAGAAUACUCAUCGUGACGUAAUAGAUAUUUUGUUUUGUUGUGUAACAAUGCCAAUCCCUUUUAAUUAAGUGUACAAACAAGGAAAUUGUGAUAUUUAGAGGUUAAUUUAAGCGUAAAUCCGAACGCCGAAAGUUUCAUUAACUGCCAGUUACUUCAGUGUUUUGCAAAGUGUGUUAUUGUUAUUUUAUUUGUUGUUACUUUGCGGUUUAAAUUUUGAAUAUUGUAAAGUUGUAAAUUGUGUACAAGAAAUAAUUUAUUUUUCUGUUGUUGUAUAUAAACAUGUACAAAAGUGAAACCGAGAUACUUAGACUGAACUAGGCAAAUUACUAUCAAAAUUUUAUGUAGACCACUCAUCGACAUUUGUUGGUAAAUAAUCAAACCAAGUUUGCCAAAGACAGAUGGAGAUUGGACUUUGGGUACAAUCGUGUCUAUGUACAUAAACCAACGUAAGACAUUUUAGGACAAUUUGUACAUAAGGAAAUACUUAAUCAAAAGUUUCUGUCAAUUUGCUACGUUUUACAAUAGUCCUAGCAAAUGUUAUAACCGAUGUACGUAUAUUGAAUGUAAUAAAUAUGUAUUAAAUACUGGGGCCAAUGGUUUAAACGUAUCUUAUAAAACUUGCCUCAGAGGUUUAUCACUCGGGUGUUUCAGUGGCAUGUUGACGGCCUGUGCAUGAUUUCGUUACCUAUUUAGUAAUAAUGGAAAGUCUUACCAACGUACUUAACAAAGAUCUCAUCAACCGUAUGUUGGUAACGAUGUUUGUUUCCCUCUUUCACCAUACUGUGAUUUUGGUUGCUCUGUGGAGUCGGUAAUCUAUGCAAAACAACUAACUCUUAACAGUAUUUUAUAUCUUGUAACGUCUGGCGAUUCGCUCCUUACUUACCUGCUAUCAUUAUUUAUAUACUUAUUUAAUUUCUACAUAAUAUAUUUUUAUUAUGGACGGUAUAGGACUGUUAUUGUUCAAAUAGAGAGACGUUCAACAUUUGUACUGUACAUACAUAGCUACUGUUGUAUAAGAAUAUGUCAAUUUUAGGGAAUUGGGAUUUAUAGUUAAAUAAAUUUGUAAAUAUUUUAUUGACAUUAGUUGAAAUAGUAAAUACACAUAAAAUGUUAAUAACUUUAUAAAUAAUUAUAUACAUAUAAUUAGGUAUUAUUAAUAAAUCGCUCCAUGAGUAUA